AUGACGAGGAAUGGAUGGUAUAAGGAGAAAAAAGUUGAAGCAUUUUUAGUCACUAUCUACGAUGAAUUAGAAAUUGACUAUGAACUGGACAUCGACUAUGAAUUGAAUGGAGAGGGACUUAACACAAAGCUAUUCCAGAUGUGUUGGGAACCCUACGAAAAGGAAGUAAGAUACUUAAUGAUUCUGGAAUCGAUAGUUCUGGAAACAUUUGAUGGAGACCGAGCUCGCCCAGAUGAUAAGCAAGACGAAGACUCAUAUUUUGUAGAAAAAGACAAUACCGUGCUAGAGGAAGAACGCAAACAAUCGAUACAGAUCGUUGAUAAUCGAAAAAAAGAUGAUAUAGACAAUCCUUAUGAAAAAAUCUUGAGGCCAAAGAAAAAGAAGAUGUUGCCUCACUUACGACAUUUUCCUCAAGUACAGCCUAGAACAGAUUUAUCUAUAAAGAACUUGACCCUGGGAGACAUUCGAAGAUUAACUACACCAGAACUUAGGCAGUUG